UCUCUCCCUCUUCUUUUUCAUUUUCACUCCUCCAUUUUUGAGAUGUAAUAAUGUGUGACGUUCUCCGUUAAGAGUAUCUAAUUUUCUAAUUUUGGUUGCUUUGUUGUUAGAACUAAUCCGGCGGUUUGAGUUUUUUUAAUCUAUGGCGGAACCACCAAAGCUUAGGGUUUUAAUGGUCUCUGAUUUCUUCUUCCCAAACUUUGGUGGUGUCGAGAAUCAUAUCUAUUAUCUCUCUCAAUGCUUGUUAAAGCUCGGUCACAAGGUGGUGGUUAUGACACAUGCUUAUGGGAACCGUACUGGAGUUCGAUAUAUGACUGGUGGACUCAAAGUAUAUUAUGUACCUUGGAGACCUUUUGUUAUGCAGACCACAUUUCCAACAGUUUACGGAACACUUCCCAUUGUAAGAACCAUACUUAGACGCGAGAAAAUCACGGUAGUUCAUGGACAUCAAGCUUUCUCUACGCUUUGUCAUGAAGCUUUAAUGCAUGCCAGGACGAUGGGCUAUAAAGUUGUGUUUACAGAUCAUUCCUUGUAUGGGUUUUCUGAUGUUGGGAGUAUCCACAUGAACAAGGUUUUACAGUUCAGUUUAGCAGAUAUAGACCAGGCGAUUUGUGUUUCACACACGAGCAAGGAGAAUACGGUUCUAAGGUCUGGAUUGUCCCCAGCAAAGGUUUUUAUGAUACCAAAUGCUGUUGAUACUGCUAUGUUCAAGCCUGCUUCUGUUCGUCCCAGUACUGAUAUCAUCACUAUAGUUGUCAUAAGUAGAUUAGUUUAUCGUAAAGGUGCGGAUUUGCUUGUUGAAGUUAUUCCAGAAGUAUGCCGUUUAUACCCCAAUGUUCGUUUUGUAGUUGGAGGGGACGGACCAAAACAUGUGCGUUUAGAGGAAAUGAGAGAGAAGCAUUCUCUCCAAGAUAGAGUUGAAAUGCUGGGUGCAGUGCCACAUUCUCGUGUGCGCUCUGUUUUGGUAACCGGUCAUAUUUUCCUGAACAGUUCUUUAACAGAAGCCUUCUGCAUAGCUAUAUUGGAGGCAGCUAGUUGCGGAUUAUUAACUGUCAGCACUCGUGUUGGAGGUGUCCCAGAGGUCCUACCAGAUGACAUGGUUGUACUUGCUGAACCAGAUCCGGAUGAUAUGGUACGAGCAAUUGAGAAGGCAAUAUCAAUCCUCCCAAGUAUUAACCCCGAGGAGAUGCACAAUCGAAUGAAGAAGCUCUACAGUUGGCAAGAUGUUGCCAAAAGAACCGAGAUUGUGUAUGACCGUGCCUUGAAAUGUUCAAAUAGGAAUCUUCUGGAACGUCUAUCUCGGUUCCUCUCGUGUGGAGCUUGGGCAGGGAAGCUAUUUUGUAUGGUUAUGAUCCUCGAUUACUUGCUUUGGCGGUUACUUCAGUUACUGCAGCCUGAUGAAGAUAUUGAGGAGUCUCCCGAUAUCCGUCUUUGCCAUCACCGAGGCAUCGAAGUAUCUGAUGGUCUCAAGGAAGAAGAUAAAGUGAGAAAUGAGUGAGUCGAGUUUCAUCUCCGUCAAUUUUGGCAUUUUGUUGCCUGAAAUUAGAAGUGAGCCCUAGAUUCAUUGUUUCUUAGGACAUAAGUAACUCCGUAAACCAAUUUAUACAGUGUUCAUAUUUUCAGUACAAGUUCUGUCUUUUGCCAAACCGAAAAUAACCAUGGAAAAGGUAAAGACGAUGAUGUAGCAGUGAGUCCAUCCAUAUACUCGUCAGGAAAGAAAAUUGAUUUUGGAUUA